GUUGCUUUUGUAUUUGUUUAGUUGAAUUACUCCAACAAAAUGAAGAUUUUUGUGUUUAUACUUUGUUUCGUAAUUCUGAAUGGCAUGAGCAGCAUGAGGGUAACAUCUCAUCGCACAGCAAAGAAAUGUGUUUUACCAAAGUCUCAGAAGAUUAACUGGAACAAGAUUCGUGGAAAUUGGUACGAAGCCUUAAACAGAAAAAGUCCGUUGGAAAAACUAUUAAGCUGUGAAGCUUGGAGUCAUGUGGUACCUACUAAGUAUGGCAUCAAGCUAAAUCUCAGAAACGAAGAUUGGAAAACUCACACAUAUAGCGUUCUUCCGAUGUUCAUUAGAAUUACAAAAUCAGGCACAGGAAUUUGGAAACCGCCGACAGUGAAAAAAUGGUUUGCCUCUUUGAAACAGAGUUCCGCAAAUCACAAUAUUGGAAAAAAGCUCAUCAUGGAAUUGAAAUCGAUGCAAAAAGCAGGAUUCGCAUUUUCUACAGAUUACAAAACCUACUUCAUCGUCAUGUCAUGUGGACGGAACGGCGAGAAAUACGUAUGGGCGCACACGCGACAUCCCUAUCCCACUGCUAAAUCUUUGGUUGCUAUCUUCAACAGUUUGGUGAAAAUUGGACACGGAUGGAAUGACGAGCCAUUGUACUUGUCACAAUGCGUCAAGAUUUCUAACAUAUAGCCCAACCUCAAAUCAUUUCUGUAGAAAUGAUAAUAAACACAUACAUAUUCAGAGAGAAAUUUUAUAAAGAGGAAAAGGGAACCGCGAAUGAUAAGAAAAAUAGUAAUGAAGCUGCCCUAAUACAGUUAAUGACACACUUGAUAGAUGUAAAUGACAUUGUAAUGUAAUCUGAAAUUUAUUAUGAAAUGUGAUUGAAAUAAAUGAUGUGAAGGGUUUUCACUCAGAACUA